GUACCCAGUAGUUGAUCGACCCCAAAACAGGCCAAAAUGGCGCAUUGCUACUCCGAGCCUCCCUGAAUUCAUGGCCCUGCUCAUUGCACAUGCUUUGCGGAUUAUUCCCUUAGCUACGUGCAAAAAUAGUAGGCAGAAGCAUGGGCUACCAGAGGCCCUUCCAGCCGGUCUUCCCCGCCAAAGAAUGCAAAUUUUCAAGUUUCAGCCCUCUGGGGUACAUGAUCAUGACUGCGCCGCCUCGCUCCUGAUAUAAAGGCUCAUCGCUUUGAGCUUGCCAUAUCGGCGAGAACUACAUCACCAGUUUCUGUCCUUGACUAGUACAUUCUUUUCUGCCCUAUCCUCCACGGUGAUGAUGGUUCCGGCGUGGUCUCUGCGGUUCUUUGUCGUAGCAGCCUUCGUAACCCAGCUGCUAGCGCGACCGACGCGUUUGGACUCUAUUCGAAGAGAUUCAAAUUGCACCGAUCCAACUGUUCGUGUUAAUUGGUCGACCCUUACGGAUGAUGAGAAGACUGCUUACUUUGAAGCCGAAUUGUGUCUCAUUUCCUUGCCUGCUCAGACGUCUAUUCCUGGAGUCGUUACACGAUACGAUGACCUCGUUGGUGCGCACUCCAUGCAGGCCGACACUGGCGCCGGCACGGAUUUAUGGCAUAAGACUGGACAAUUCUUAGCGGCUCACCGAUACUACAUGCAUACCCACGAGAUCCUGCUCCGCGAGGAGUGUGGUUACACUGGAGCCUUGCCAUAUUGGUAUGAGCUCGAAGACGCUGGUGCAUUUAAUGAGUCAGCUACCCUGGCCGAAUUCGGUGGCGAAGGCCUCGAGGAAAAUGACUAUGUUAUCGUGGACGGGCCUUUUGCCAACCUCACUCGUAAUCUCGGUCCAGGAGCUACGAACACACCUCAUCUUCUUACCCGUCAAAUGUCCUGGUGGAAUAGCACACUCGCUAAUCAAACAUAUUUUGACGAAGUCAAUGCCCAAACGACCUUCGCUUUGUUCCAGUCCACUCUCAACCCAACAAUCCACACCGCUGGUCACAGAGGCGUUGGAGGAGAUCUGGAGAAUAUUCUGACGUCCCCCAAUGACCCCGUGUUCUUUUUGCAUCACACUUAUCUGGAUUGGGUCUGGUGGAAGUGGCAGGGUGACAACGAAACCCGGAUUUUCGACCUUGAAGGCGCUGGAUACGAAACCCAGUCUGAACCGGCGACUGGUUGGGUGGAAACGAGCGCGGAGACCAACAUUUGGGUCUAUGAUAUUAUACCCAACAUUACGGUCGGAGACGUCUUAUACACCCAAGGCGGCUAUUUGUGCUACAUCUACGCUUAAGUAGUCUCGCUCACUAGCUGCUUUCCCCCUCUUUUUCUACCCUUUAAUUAAACCACUGGCAGCGAUCCGUAUGUGAUCUUGCUAAAAAGGGACCGCAACAAGUAAUAGAUACAAUUAAAAUACUACAGGAUU